CAUCCCUGGCUGGUGAAUAAUUAAGCUGCCACCUCCCCGGCCACCGCCGGCAGGCCCUCACCUCCGUGCUACUCUGCAGGAUUCUUCACUCCCUUAGAGCAGUGGGCACUGGAGGGGACUGACCCUCGGCGCUCCCGACCCUGCCAGCACCCCCAGCCUCCUGCUCGGCACCUGGGUCGAAGCCCACUCCAUGGCCCCCGAGAUGGACCAGUUCUACAGGUCCACCAUGGCCAUCUACAAGAGUAUCAUGGAGCAGUUUAACCCUGCCCUGGAGAACCUGGUGUACCUCGGGAACAACUACCUCCGGGCCUUCCAUGCUCUGUCCGAGGCGGCUGAGGUAUACUUCAACGCCAUCCAGAAGAUCGGGGAGCAGGCCUUGCAGAGCUCCACCUCGCAGAUUCUGGGGGAGAUCCUGGUGCAGAUGUCAGAUACCCAGCGGCACUUGAACUCCGACCUGGAGGUGGUGGUGCAGACGUUCCACGGAGAUCUGCUGCAACACAUGGAAAAGAACACGAAGCUGGAUGUGCAGUUCAUCAAAGACAGCCGCCAGCACUAUGAGAUCGAAUACCGCCACCGAGCCGCCAACCUGGAGAAGUACAUGUCUGAGCUGUGGCGCAUGGAGCGCAAGAGGGACAAGAAUGCGCGGGAGAUGAAGGAGAGCGUGAACCGGCUGCACGCACAAAUGCAGGCCUUCAUGUCCGAGAGCCAGCGGGCAGCUGAGCUGGAAGAGAAGCGGCGUUAUCGUUUCCUGGCCGAGAAGCACCUGCUGCUUUCCAACACCUUCCUGCAUUUUUUUGGCCGGGCCCGGAGCACGCUCCAGAACCGCGUGCUGCUGUGGAAGGAGCAGUCGGAGGCCAGCCGCAGCCCGUCGCGCGCCCACUCCCCCGGCCUGCUGGGCCCCGUGCUGGGGCCGCCCUACCCCUCGGGCCGCCUGACGCCCACCCGCCUGGACAUGCCCCAGCGGCCGCUCGCGGAGUUCAGCUCCCCGCGCAGCCGGCACGGCUCCGGCUCCUACGGCCCCGGCCCCGAGCCCGCCGCCGAGGCGAGGUCCGCGUCCCAGCUGGAGCCAGACCGCCGGUCGCUGCCCCGGACGCCGUCCGCCUCCUCGCUCUACGCCGGCAGCACCCAGCGCUCGCGCUCCAACUCCUUCGGCGAGCGCCCGGGCGGCGGGGGCGGCGGCGGCGGCGGCGGCGGGGGCGCCCGGAGAGUCCGCGCCCUCGUCUCCCACUCGGAGGGCGCCAACCACACGCUGCUGCGCUUCUCGGCCGGAGACGUCGUGGAGGUGUUAGUGCCAGAGGCCCAGAACGGCUGGCUCUACGGCAAGCUGGAGGGCUCGUCCACGAGCGGCUGGUUCCCCGAGGCCUAUGUGAAGCCUUUGGAGGAGGUGCCUGUGAACCCCACGAACCCCUUGACCCCAGUGACCUCCAUGAACUUGAUGAACCCUAUGAAUGAGCUACCUUCCAGAUCCUACCCCCUCCGGGGCAGCCACAGCCUUGAUGACCUCCUGGGCCGGCCGAGCAACUCUACAGCACCCUCGGAGUACUGGGACGGCCAAUCCCGCUCCCGAACCCCUAGCCGGAUACCGAGCCGCGCCCCCAGCCCUGCACCUCCUCCCUUGCCUAGUAGCCGCCGAAGCAGCGUGGGCAGCAUGGGGGUGGCGAGUGACGUCAAGAAACUUAUGUCCUCGGAACAGCACCCUCCAGAGCUCUUCCCUCGGGGCACAAACCCCUUUGCCACCGUAAAGCUGCGGCCCACAGUCACCAACGACCGCUCAGCGCCCCUCAUCCGCUGAGGCGCCCUCCUCCAUCCGGGGUCUGAGCUCGUCCCCACACCUGCCCAGGGGCUGUCAGGAGCUGGUGGCAGCAGCAGAAGCAGCAGCGGUGGACCCAAGAAGCCGGGGCCCUGGAACUGGGGGUGGCUGCCCCUCCCGGGGGACUGACCUGGGGUCUGGGACCUUCAAAGUAAAGCAGGCAGAAGGGGGGACAGGACAGUCUCUUCCCCUCCAAGGGCCCCAGGACUCUCCCUGGGGGCCUGCCUCGUGCACCCCACCCCCUUUCCCCUUCUCUGCCCCAGGAGGGAGGAGCCCCGCACACCCCCUUCCCCACCCCCCCAUACGUCCUCCUGUUUAACUUUUGUAAACGGGGAGAAAUAAAGCAAGGAGACACAGCA